AUGCCUAGUCAUGAUCACUUGGCGGACACGACGCCGCAGUCUGGGACAUUAUCAGAAGCUGGGAAUUCGAGUAUCAUGUCCCAGCCUGUUAAAGCUGUGGAUACCGCCUUUCCAUCGCCUGACACCGCAACACCGUUUAGCGAGUUGGAAAAGUCCGUGCAAAUGGCUGAGUGGUGCUCUGUCAUUGGGGAACUAUUCUACCCCAUUGCCCCUACGGACUUCGAGCGAUAUCAACGACCAGAUACGGUAGAAGACAAACAUAUCAACUAUGACAUCGCUAGGUUGACAGUCUCAUUCUCCCGUGAACCUCCUCAACCGUGGACUUCAUAUAUCCAUCCUGAAGGGGGCCGUUAUUUCCGCUGGGAACACGAUCUGUUUACUGUCUACACUGAUGCGCAUUUGUUUAACCCUGAAGUAUUACAAGCUGUUCAGCAAUUUGUAGACCAAGUCGAUGGAUAUCUGACGCGCCAUGAUAUCACAGAGGUGUCAUUUGACGCAGAAAACGUGGAUCUCGUCUUGGAUGUUACUCUCAGCAAGUCGAACAGGACAAUUUGCGGAUACUACUUUGCCUAUCACCCAAAUCGAACAGUAUUCUGGUUGGAUGAAUUUGAAUCUUCAGAACGCCUUUGGCGAGACAUCAAUGGGGUUGCUUCGCAAGAUCACAUUCUACAUGAAAUACAGUCACAAUACUGGCAUCACUGCGCUCUCUUUCCGUCUCCUGGAUGUGCAUCGCAAGUAGUAAUCGAAGAAUUGAGAGAUAUCAUUCUCCAUGCCAUCGGCGAGUUACCAGAUAGUUUGGUGUCAACGACGUCCACGGUUUCGUAUAGUAUGGAGGAGUUACGCGGAAUGCUACAACUUCUUCCUUCGAAGAGUCGAGAUUUCAACGACGAUUCUGGACCCGGGGUUUCUCGAAUUAUUUACAUCCUCAUGAAACACUUUGCCCACGACCGCUUUCUUCACUUUUACGGUGAACCUGUCGCACGUCUCAAUCGCGGUACCUCCAUUUAUGACAAGAACAAGGUUCACAAAUGCUCCUUUCUAUUUCACGUGCUCAAAUUCCUGCUCUUCGCCGCACCCUCUGCCUACCUUCAUGAGAUUGAAUCCAUGCUAUCGGACGGGUUGCUCAGUCGGGUGGUCUGGAGAGACUUUGUCGAUAAGAUUUGCAAAGACUGGUCUCAUCUGACUGUAUACUCUACAGUGCUCAUCAAUGUAGACGUCGCGUUUUUAUCUAUCCAAUCGAUCGAUGCUGGUCCGACUAGUUCGCCUCUCAAGAUUGCUGUAUACCUUUCGGUUAUUUCGUCCCUUGGAAGCAUAUUCUUUGCUUUGUUGUUUCUCCGCUGUAACAACACAAGGCUGAAUAUCUCGACCGAUGAAGCUGCGAAGAUCAUGAACUCGUACCAAGACACUUCUUGCAGGUAUGAGAACAUCGCAAUCCUCUACAGUCUUCCGUAUGCUCUGCUCAUGUGGGGGAUCCUCUUUUUCGUCGCCGCGUUCAUGAUCUUGUGUUUGUGGAAGACUCCACCGGUGACUCUCGUGCUAUCUAGCAUGGCAUGGGUUGCUUUGGGUAGUUUGGUCAUCUUCUACGGAUGGGUAAAUUGCACCGGCGCUCGUCAAUGGCUGUUAUCGAUUCGAGAAGACCUAAAGAUGCACCGGCUGCUGGUCAAAUGA